AUGAAAGAGUGCGAAUACUUUUCUAUUUAUGACGAAUUUUUUAAAGAUGCAAAAAAUUUCCUGAACACUAUCACUGAAACAAAUGAUAAUGGGCCAGAUAGUAGUAGCAGCGGUGAAACAAGUGUAGAUGACAAGGAUGGCAAUUGUAUAUUGAAGAAGGGAAAAAAGGAAAAAUUUCUUGAUUUUCACCUGGACAUUGAAAACAACAAGGUCGUAUGGCACGAGGGUAUUAUUAACGAUAACAUCAAUGAUGGUAGUUGUAGAGGUAGUAGUAGAGGUAGUAGUAGAGGUAGUGGUAGAGGCAGUAGUAGAGGUAGUGGUAGAGGUAGUAAUAGAGGUAGUGGUAGAGGUAGUAAUAGAGGUAGUGGUAGAGGUAGUAGUAGAGGUAGUGGUAGAGGUAGUGGUAAUGGCAGUAGUAACGGCAGCUGUACCAAUGUUACUGAUAGUGAGUUGAACAAAAACGGAUUCAAUCCAAUGUACCCCUCUUUGAAUAGAGAGGCACCGAAAAUAUUACUCUGUUACGGAAAGAGCCAUAAUAUGUGUUUGUCAUACAAACUUUAUUACGAUAAUAUUAAUCAAGAGUCCACAAAUGUAAAUUAUUCCUUGUCUAUAUUCAGAAAAAAAUUUUCUACUUAUGAUUAUAAGGCAAAGGAAUAUAAUUUAGAAAAAAAAAAUGAAAAUAAAAUAAAAAGUUUUUUGUUUAGAUUAGCAUUUUGGAAAAGGAGAGCACGUGAGGAGGAUCUUCUUUUUAUGGACGAUGGAAAGAAACAAAUAAAAUAUGAUGGAAACAAUAUAACAUAUGAACAUACGGAAGCUCGUAUGAGGAAAGAUAAAUAUUACAAUGCGGAUAGGAGCAGUAAUGAAGUAGUUAUAGAUCACCAUCACAAUCGUCAUCUACAUUAUGAACAUCAUCGUCCGCAUUAUCAUGAUCGCGGCAAUAAUCAUGGUAAUAAGAAAAAAGUAAAAGACGGACUGGAUGAGGAAAAAAAAAGACUAACUUUCAACGAGUUGAAAAAAAAAAAAAAAGAAAAAGAUAAGGAAAAAGUGAAAGAAAAAGAAAAAGAAAAGGAAAGAAUAAAGAAAAAAGGAGUAUCUUAUGAAUAUUUAUUAACCCCAAGUAAACAUGAGUAUGAUGCAUUUUGUUUAUUUAAUCCACGAUUUAAACAAGGAAAACACCACACAGUUAUGUUUCUGCAGAGUUAUAAUGUAUCCAUUAUUCCAUUUGUUAAACCAAAAAAAUUAAAAGAAGAAGUGAAUGAAUUAUUUAAUGAAAUAAAUCCAUGGAUUGAUAAAUCAUUAACUUUAUCAAAAUUAAGGAAUUUGAAAAUUGACAUUUUUAACUUAAUAAAUAGUAUCCCAGAGAUAGACAUUUCUACCAUAUCCUGUGCAUGGGUAUUUUUUGAAAGAUUAGUAAUAAAAGGGUAUGUUCAUAAAUGUAAUAGAAAAUUAUAUGCAGCUACUUGUCUUAUUUUAUCCUUGAAGUUUUAUCAACAUGAUGAUAUUCAAAUUUUGGAAAAGUUAUUAAUCUAUAUUCAAAAGUUAGAUAAGAAAGAAAAUUUAACGCCAUCUUUAAUAUUUUCAGUCGAGUUUUUAGUUUAUCGUUUACUCGAUUUCUCUCUACAACAUACCUAUGAAAAUAUUCGAGCCCACAUACAUCAGUACUUGGAAUCAAAGGAAUUAAAGUUUGAAGACGUAUAUGGUAUUAGUGAAGACGUGUACAUAUGCUCAAACUACUGCAAGGAAUCAUAA